UGGCCCCGACAUGGCGAAAAAGCGACACAGCUUGUAGGCGGAGAAAAGCAGCGUCAGGACCAUGGGCGCGGGGCUGCCGGGGACAUCCCCGGUCUGGAAGGGCGGGGUGGAGCUGGGAGACCCGGAACCUCGGGGGAAGAGGGAUCUCAGAGCAGACCAAGAGGAAGAAGAUGCAGGAGAAGAAGAGGUGUGGAGAGAGGGGUACCAGGCAAGAGCGCUGGCCAGAAGUUUGGUGGUGGUGGGGGGUGGUGAGCGCAGGCUCGGGGCGGAGAGGUUGGGGAAGGAGAUGCAGGCCCAGACCCAAACGGUGGGCGGAAAGAGGGAGCGCGGAGGCGAGGGAUGGACCCAAAUGUUGGAAGAAGCUGCGGCCGCAACAAAGCUCCGCUGGGCUCAGGCUCCAGUUCGGCCAGGCUGCGGGUACCUCUGCAGCUGCCCCGCCCCUAAGAAGCCGCGGACGCGGGCCGAAGCCCCACCCCUCGACUCGUCGAACUCCUCCUCCUCAGCCGGCCCAGCCACGCCCCCGCAACGGCCCCAGCCACGCCCAUACUCGGGCCAGGCCUCUUCCCGCUACCGCAUCUGCAACCCCCAUGCUGGAGGCAGGGGGAGGGAGAUGGAGAGACUGAGAGUGGGGACAUGGAAUGGCCAGUCCAGGAUCAGUGGAUUCAUGGAAAACUCAGGAAUCAAAUCCAGUCCCAAGGGUUAAUAUUCACCCAGUGCCCUGUGUUGUGAAGACCAGCCUGGGAAAAUCAGUGCAUCCAAGAGAGAACCAAGAAAUCAAACUUUGUUCUUUUGCAAUUAAAAAAAAAAAAAUCCCCCAGACUGUUUACCAUCUCUCCUCCUGCCCUCCCUUUUACUGCCCUAAAUACACAAACUAUUCAUUGGAUGAGCCACCCAGCCAGGGGUGUGUCCGAUCCAGCACAUCAUGGAUUAAUAACCAUUUAUGGAGAAUGAAUGUGAGGCUCAUCCAGGCACCGGACAUUUUGUUGACUCUAGUUCAGGCAAUCUCCCAACACCGCAUAAGGCAAGUAUGAUUAUUUUUUUCAGUUUUCAGUUUUGUUUAAUUUUUAGCCAAUAGAAUUUUGAAGUCCAGGAUUUUGAGGUGGUUUUGGCACAGAUUAACUCAGCACUACAGUGGAGAAUCACGCAGAAAACCGCAUCCUGAUGUUUGUGACCACAUAAAUUGUUAAAGUUUCUAGGCUAGCUCUGGCUGUGAUGACGGUGCUGGUGAUGUGAUAGAGCAGAGAGCGCACAGACAGUGAGAGAGACAGAAGAGAUUGAAGAGAGAAACAUUCAACGAAGGCAUCAAAUAAAACUUUCUGUGGCAGACACUAUUAGCUGCCUCCCACAGAGCGACUCAGCCUAUUCCUUCCUAAUAGAAUUCCAAGUUAUUUAGGUACCCAUGACUUUUUCCAUGAGUGUCUAAGGAGGUGGGCCUCAUCCAUAAACCCAGGGGGUGGAUUAAAACUGGCCUAUAAAACAAUCGUGGUGCUCCCCUUCCCUCUCCUAGUAGUAUUAAAAGGUGUAAUAAUUCUGACCAAUGAAAGGAAGUUUGCUGGGAGGAAUUCUGGGAAAGGCUUUCUUUGGUACACAAUAAAAAUUAUUAAAAUGGAAAUCCAAUGUGAGCAUUUGCAUUAAAAAAAUCCUUUUUUAUUAUACUUUAGAUGGUUUACAGAACUAGUUUCUCAUCAAACAAUUAGCACACACAUUGUUGCAUGACAUUGGUUAACAACCCGAGGCAAGUAUUAUUAAUCCCAUUUUACUGAAAAAACAACCAAGGCGCAGAGAAGUAAAGCAAUUUGACCAAGGUCACGCAGCCAGUAAGUAGCAGAGAGGACCUUCUUUCUGACCUCUAGACCCACUGUGCUAUUUGAAAUGACCCUCGGCUUGGCAAAGAUCUCAUUUCCCAGCUCUCCCAGGCCCUGGGUUCCAGGAAUCUGACCCUUUGCUGUAGCCUGGGGGUCAGGGUACUAGGGGCUGAAGGUUGAGCAAACAGAGCAACAGAGAGGGCAGCUCCUCUUCUGUUAGUCCCUCCCUCCUCCCUCCCUCCCAGUCUCCUCCUUUCCUCUGACAUCAAAGCUGAGGCUUCAGGGAACUCAGAGCCCAGCUCGGCAGGCUCGUGGCUGGAGGCCCUGCCA